GUGAGGAGGAAUCCCCAGAGUUCCCAGAGAAAAGAGUCUCUUCUCCUCAGAGCGACCAGGGGUCUCAAGGGGAAAACUCAGACGAUGACGUUUUCAUCAAAGCAGAUUUCCUUCGACAAACACCCCCCAAGCGGAACAUUACGACGCGGAUGAAGAGGGAAAUAGCUUUUCCCGUACAACCCCAUGCACACACCAUGUCAAGCAGCUGGUCAGCCAAGGGAGCAGUGGGGAAGGGGCUGAAGAACCCAGCCUGGACCCCCCCCUCCUGCUCCAGAGGCAGGUCCACUCCCCUAAUGGACACAACUACAAGAGGAGCAGGAGCAACGACAGUUUAAACCUACGCAUGCGCUUCGCCCAGGCCCACAAGUCCCUGUCCAGUCUGUUUGAGACCCGGUAUAUAGAUAAAGACCAUGAGCAGCAGGGCAUUGUGGGUAUCGAAGGCGACUGCGGUAAAGCCAAACAACCUUGGCGAAAGCUGAAGAGGUCCAAGGAGGCCGAGCUGCUGAAGAGGACUCUUUCAGUGCCUGAAGGGGAGUGUGGUAGUAACGCUGCUUCUGGGCAGGACCACGUGGACUUCCUCCCUUCUCCGGUCCUGGACCAGCUCAGUAAUCCAGGGUCUCCAUCUGCCCUGCGAGCCCUACGUCACACCGAUCCCAUCUCCAAGCGGGGCGUCCCUCAGAGCAGCGGACAGGAGAACCUUCUGGAAUGUAAAUCUGAGGGCCAGAGACGGAAGUGCUCGUCCAGCGGUCUACCUGUGACACCGUUCUCAGACGCAUUCCCGCCGUUCCAUCACAGCAGUCCGGUUUCACCGUCCAGCCCCCAUCAGCCGUUCCCUUUGUGGUCCAGAUCCCACUCGGUGGCUGAAGAGGGUCUGACCACGGAAAGCCCAAUUCGGCCCAUGAGCCCCAAACCCAACAGCCCGAGGCCGGCGGCUCAGCGUAAACUGUUCCGCCUCUGCCAGUCGUCCAGGGCCAGUUCGGUUCCCCCCAUCCUUCUGGGGCAGUCAGUCAGUGCGGAGGGCCUGACAGACCCCCCAGAGAGACCCAAGACCCUCAAGCCCUCGGCGAGUCCUCUGGGGCUCAGUCUGAGUCCUGUGGAAGGGGGGGACUGGGGCCGAGAAAGCCAGUCCCACAUCAGCCUCAGUGAACUGGAGGGAACACUAAACAGAACCAGAACCACAACCACAACCAGAACCAGAACCAGAACCGGACAGCUGCUGGAGGGGUGAAGGCCUCUGUGGAUC